GCGGCUGCUGCACUCCUCCCGCCAGACUGGCGGAGAGACCCGGGCCUCCCGGGAAGGAGCACGGAAAGCGGCUCGCGCACAAAAGCAGGUGCACGCUCCGCCUUCUCAUUGGCAGCAGCUGCUGCAGCCGGCGCCGGAGCCUCGCGGGCCUUUGGCUCUUCGCCCCGCCCACCCCUGCAGCCAGACCGUUUCAAUCCGGAUGCCCUUUGCGGAUGAAAGAUGUAUCAUGGAAUGAACCCGAACAGCCGGGAUCCGUUCCUAGAGCAGCCGCUGCCGCCGCCGCCUCCACCGCUGUUUCAGCGUUGCCAGUCUAAACUCUCCCUGGUGGUCUUGUGGUUCCAAUUGGCGCUGUGCUUUGGCCCUGCACAGAUCACAGGCGGUUUUGACGAACUCCAUGCUUGUUCUGAUCCUGGAUUCCCCGAAUAUGGAUAUAAAAUGCCCAGCACAGGCGUUUUCUUUGAAAGUUCAGUUGUCCGAUUUCAUUGCCAAGAAGGAUACAGGCUUAAGGGUCCAUCCCAAAAGCUUUGUGAGAGACAUUUUAAUGGCUCCCUAAGCUGGAAGCCAAGUGAUAAACCUGUGUGCCUACAAGAAGCUACAGAUUGCCUUGCUCCAGCUGUUGAAGAUGCAGAGAUUCAGAACAAGACAUACAGAACUGGAGAUAAAUUAAUAAUCAGCUGUCAUGAAGGAUUCCAGAUCCAUUUCUCUGAUUUAGACAACCUGGAAUCAGUAUGUCAAGAUGAUGGAACAUGGGAUAAUCUGCCCAUUUGCCAAGGUUGCCUGAGACCACUGCUGCUUCCUCAUAGUUUCACUAAUAUAUCUCAGUUCGAGUCUUCCUUCCCAGUAGGAUCAAUGAUAUAUUUUCAGUGUUUUCCUGGAUAUAAACUAGAAGGUGCAGAGUUCCUUGAGUGCAUGUAUAAUCUUAUCUGGUCAGAUAGUCCACCUAGGUGCCUUGAUGUGGAAGUUUGUCCGCUACCUCCUAUGGUGACUCAUGGAGAUUAUAUCUGCCAUCCGCGGCCUUGUGAACAUUACAAUCAUGGAACUGUGGUUGAGUUCUAUUGUGAUCCUGGCUACACUCUCAGUAAUGAUUACAAAUAUAUCACCUGCCAGUAUGGAAAAUGGUUUCCAUCAUAUCAAGUAUACUGUAUCAAAACAGAACAAGCCUGGCCAAAUAACCAGGAAACUCUUUUGCGAACAUGGAAGAUUGUGGCAUUCACUGCUACUAGUGUUCUUCUGAUGCUUCUGUUAGUUAUUCUUGCCAGAAUGUUCCAAACCAAAUUUAAGGCACAUUUCCUUCCAAGAGAUACUCAAGAGAAUUGCAGCAAUGGCCCAGACUUUGUGGUGGUGGAUGGUGUCCCUGUCAUGCUUCCUUCUUAUGAUGAAGCUGUGAGUAGUGGCAUAAAUGAGUUGGCAUCAGGAUGUGCGCCCCCUGCAGGCCAGGGAUAUGUUUUUCAAGCCGAUGAUCAGAAUCCUCCAGCUUAUCCUGGACCAGAUGAUUUGAACAGGUUGCCAGCUGAAUUUGAUACCUGUGACAGCAUUUCAGGCUCUUCAGAACUUCUUCAGAGUUUAUACACAUCUUCUGCAUGCCAGAUGGGAGCUCAUCCUGUCUCAGACAGAACUGAUGUUAUCAACAGCACCACUGAAGAAGUAGCAUCAACCAGCCCAAGCAUUGAUAUUGCUGAUGAAAUUCCAUUGAUGGAUGAAGACCCUUAAUCUGCACAAAUAUUUCUCAUAUCUUGUUGGGGCGGGGAAUAAAUCAUUUACAUAUGUAUACAUACAUAUCUAUAUUAUCUAUAUGAAUCUCUAUAUAAAGACUGAUUACAGAUGGAGGCAAGGAUAUUUUCCGUUUUUAUAAAUCUUCCUCAUUAUAAUGUCAUCAGAUUUUGUGCGCAUAUUUUAAAUCAACUUUGGGGUUGAGAGCAUCAGCUAUUCAACAGCAGCUUUACAAAAUGAAUCCUGAGGAUUUGAUGAGACUAAACAUUACAGGAGAAUUACACGUUUGUGGAAUAGUGACAAGUGUAUCUGCAUCGCAGGAAGUUUUAACAGAUGUUUUAAAACAACAAUGAAGAGUAGACAAAGGUACAAGUGCAAGUCAUAAUAAAAGUAUUUCAGCUAAUGUAAAUUCUGUUUAAUCAAAGCUGCUUCAUAUUUAUGAUGGACCAUACUUUACAAAUUUAAUUUAUUGAGGGAAAAAUAAAUGGUUGAAAUUAAAAUCAAAGAGGGUCACUUCUAAAUUUCUUCACAAAAUUCAAGGUGGAAACUUUUACUGCAAGCAAAUAAAAUACUUGGACUCAAGGAAAAGCUUAAUUAUUGGGGGUAGAAACUCAUUGGAAGUAACCUGAAGAUUAUAUUGAAAUUAAGUAAAAGUACUGUAGAUGAUACUGUAAAGAACACGAUAUGUCAUAGGGAAAUGAUGAAGUAUUGAUACUUCCUAAUUAUUGUAUUAGGGGACCUGGGGAAGGGAGGCAUUAAAAUACUUCAUUGAACAUGGAAACAUAUAAAAAUAAAAAAUAUUUUUUAUUCAAAAAAGCAAAUGUUGGGAAAUCUUCAGCCUCAGAUAUGUAGUAAGAGACCUAGGUUCAGUAGCAUCUAAGAGUCAUAGAAUGGUUAUUCUCAUGAAAGAAAAAGAAAACUAAGUUGAGUGUGAACUGUUUGAGUGCUUUAGGACUGAAUAUCACAGAAAAAAAUGCUAUUAGUUGUGUGACAUUGAUCAGGAAGUGAUUGCAUAUACAGGUAACUUUUGUAUAUAUAAAUUUUCAUUAUAUAUUUUUCUACUGUAUAGUCAUUUGGAUUGUGUAAAGAAUAGCAUUGCUAUGGGAUAAAGAUAUGAUUCAAUUUUUAAAAGAAUGAGCUAUCAAUACAGUAAUUAUAGCUGAAAGUAACUUCAUUUCAUUUCAUUUAAAGAUGUGGGUAAAAUAAAUAAAAUGCUUAAGAAUACAGAUGUGAAAAGAUUGCUUUUUUAUAUAAGGUUGCCUAUAGACAUUAUAUCUUUCAGCCUUAUAGUACUGCUGAACAGAGAAUCGGAAGAAAGAGAAGCUUCUAUUGUGAGAAAGCAGCUAAAGUAUUCAUACAGCUGAAAUUUAAGCCACAUUUAGGAUAUGAUAGGACAACAACAUUAAGCACACAUUUGGGGGUUAAAAAGCAGCUUUAAAGUAUCCUGGGAUCCUCAGAAGGUUGGUCGAUUUUUUGUGCCAUCAUCCUGUCAAAAAUAUAUUCCUUCACUACCCACCUGCUUUUGGGCAGAAAGAAAGAUAGGAGUAAUGUCUUCUCUACCAAGUCAAAUGGUCAUCUCAGCCACUGAACAUGGAUUUCCUGACCAAAUCUAGAUAUUCAGACUGAAACUCAAAUAUUAUUUUCAGGGUAAAUUUACUGUUGGAUUCAGUAAAUGUCAAAUUGAUAUAAAAAAGAUUUUUGAAGCCACACAAAUUAUGUUGAUUUUGUUUUUACCUCUCUUAUUUCUUCUAUAACAAACUACAGGAAUUUUUGUGGGGGGAGAGAGCUUGCAUCUCUUGAUGAUCAUUUUUCUUUCAUUCUAUAACACUAAAAAUAACAUGCUACAUGUGUUUUAUGUACAUUUGAAUCUUACUUAUGUAAAUAGCUUACUGUUAGAACUAUUUUGAUUUAACAGCAGCCAUGACAAGAAGGGUAUGCAAUAAACAUUUUAUAAUGCUAA